AUGACGGUCAACGGUACUGACAAGCACAAUGCCCUCCGGAGCGGGUUUUAUGUGCCCACCGUGGCAUUCUUCCAGCCGGACGAGGAGAUCGAUCUGGCUGCCACUGAAAAGCACGCCACGUACCUGGCCCGUAGCGGCGUGACCGGUCUGGUCACCCAGGGCAGCAAUGGCGAGGCCGUGCACCUCGAUCGCGAGGAGCGCAAAGCCAUCACAGCAGCCACGCGCCGCGCUGUAGAUGCGGCCGGCUUCCCCAACAUGCCCGUCAUCGCAGGCUGCGGUGCUGCGUCCACGCGCGAGACCAUCCAGCUCUGCAAGGACUCCGAAGCAUCAGGCGCCGAUGCGGUCCUGGUGCUCCCCCCCAGCUACUAUAAGGCCUUGGUGAGCGCCGAGGCCAUGCACGCCCACUUCAUCGCGGUGGCAGAUGCCUCGCCCAUUCCCGUGCUCAUCUAUAACUUCCCCGGCGCCUCGUCAGGACUGGACCUCUCCUCCGACGACAUCCUCGCGCUGGCCAAACACCCCAACAUCAUCGGGUGCAAGCUCACUUGCGGCAACACCGGCAAGCUGGCUCGCGUGGCGGCUGGCUCGAAGCCCAACUUCCUCACCUUCGGUGGCUCGGCCGACUUCACUCUGCAGACCCUCAUCGCCGGCGGUGAUGGUAUCAUUGGGGGUACGGCCAACUUGAUUCCGAGGUCGUGCGUCCGGCUCAUGGAGCUGUACCGCAGCGGCGAGAUUGCGGAGGCGCAGAAGAUGCAAGCUGUUGUUGCUCGCGCAGACUGGGCUGCGAUUCACGGUGGCUUUAUCGCUGUGAAGAGCGCCCUCCAGUCGUAUCAUGGAUAUGGCGGCCUUCCUCGUCGCCCCUGCGUGGUGCCGACUGAGCAGGCUGCGGCCGCCAUCCACGAAGAAUUCCGCGAGGGAAUGGAGUUGGAAAGGUCCUUGGACAAGUCAGCUUAG